CAUAGUGCGGAUCACCGUUCAGUCGUCGUUUGGAAGUGAUCGCGAUCGGGCGAAUUCGGUACGAACCCCCCAACGGUGGAGCUUAGCCGAGGCGUAGUGCUUUAGUGUAGAAUUAAUACCAUUGACUAGACUAGAAGGUGAGAUUGAGAGAUCCGGGAGCGUGUUAGCAAAGUGAUCGCGAAAUCGUGAAUUAUAUUGGAACCCUGCAUGGAGAAGUGAACCAGUGCUCUUAAAAUCACUCGACGAUCAGUGACUGAAUCGUGUGGGCAGAGAUUCCUGAACAUCUGGAAGCAAAAAAAUUUAAGAAUAGAGUGCCUAUUAUUACGACCACUACAUGCUCAACUAAUAGCAACGGUCGGCUAUUAUACAGUCGAAUAGACGAAUGAUGGGUUUCACGUUUUCGCGAUGAUUUGGGGGAUAAAGUGAGGGAUGCGAGAAAAGAGGAAAAACACAACAAUGGCGUAAUUAUAGGGUUAAUUGUGUUCCGCAAUUGUCACGUUUGACGGCGUACCGAGCGCGAGAGAAAGAAUGAAUGAACUCUCUACUGGCUGCUGAUUGUGCUGAGUGAAAUGUAAGUGACAUGGGGGCAUGUAGGUUUGAAGAAGUGUAAUUAUUUCCAAACUGGAAUCGAAUUUCGAGCGGCAGCGAAAUGAUGAUGGAAGUGAAAUUCUUUUAGCGGUUGAUGGAUUGCGAAAUUGAUGUUUUGAGAGUUUUAGCGGAUUGUCGGUAGAAGAAAAAAAAUGCUACUUCGGGUAGAGCUACAAACUUGCAGACCACUAGUGAAGGUGGUUAGUAGGUUUACCCAGAGAUAAAAAAUAAGAAAAGAGAAAUCGACGUGAAAUGCCGUACUUUAAAUGCACAAGUUAGUACCCUUCGUCGGCACGGGAGGAACGUUGCAGCCGCUGCUCGUGUUUGUUAUUUAUAUUAUUCCUAUACAUUCCGACACUGAGAAGAUUCCAACAAUUAUCGUCAAUGAUCAUGGUCUAGAAACCUGUUCAAUCAUUACCUAGACAAAAGUAUUCGAGCACAUAGAAAAAAGUCAACCAAUUUGAUUGAGACAAAAAAAAACAACAAAGUGGACGAAAAAAAAUGUCGCAGCCUUACAUCAUCCGGCGCAACAGUCGAAAGAGAAGAAAUACCCAUACCGCCGUUGCCAAAUUCAAUGUCUACGUCAUUACAUAAGAAAACGCGGUUGAUUCGUCCGUUCGUCCGUCGUCGGUUCACGGCUUGCCGCUAAUUGGCCACGGGCCAUGUUUUUGGUCCGCGGAGAGUGAUAAAGCGAAAACAACGAACGAACAAACGCAUGAAACUGGUGUAACGCAACCGCUGAUGGAAAAUAAAACGGGGAAUCUCCGAGAUCUGCUUUCCGAAGAAGGUGGAAUAAAUUCGCGGGUUACGUGUGUGUGAACCAGAUCCAAGUUUUCUUAUUUCUUCUCUUUUGCAUAAACAACAUCGUUGAGUCAACGCCGCGAAAGGUGCGGUUCACCUUGGUGGAUCAUUUUCAGAUUUCAUAACUUACGAAUCAUCUCGCCCCGUAUAGUGAAGACACAGCUCAAGGAAAGAAGAAGGGUCCCCAUUGUGUAAGGACCACGAAUGGCCCAAGUGGACGACCAAAGCGACCUGUGGUGCAGUGCAUUAAAAUUCAUAAGUUCCGAAAAUAAAAGUGUUGGUGAAGGUGUGAAAAGUGAAUUUGAUGCGAUCGAAAGUCGCGAGCAAGAUCAGUUCGAUUGACCAUAUGAUCUCCGGAGAGCUGCGUGCGCACAUGUAUGAGUGCUGCAGAAGUGAUCAACGAAAGGAAAAUUCACCACUUCGCGGUGGUGAAUAGCGCGGCCAAGCAGCGCAGGAAAAUGACGUCACCAGUGGGCGGUUGCGUCCGACGAGUGCCUUACCAACACCGAUGGCUUCCGUGGAUCGUGUGGAUCGGGAUCGCACUAGCACCUGUAGCAGAUUCACAAGAUCUGAACACCCCGCCUGUGAUACUGGUCGACCGCAACUGGCGAAUACGAGAGAACACCACCGUCAACACACUCAUUACCCAGGUCCGGGCGGAAGAUAGCGACAACGAUGAGCUGGAGUUCGGCUUGGAUCCUCUGGGUCCCGGUCAACUGCAGCCGUUCGUGAUCGACUCGAACACCGGAUACGUCUACCUCAAUGAAAGCAUUGAAGGAAAGGCCGGACAAAACUUCUUCGUGUACGUGACCGUAACUGAUGGUUUGGUCACAUCCAAAAACGAGGUCUACGUCAACAUUCUAAGUCAAAAUGCCACCGGUCUCUACAAGAGCCGAGGGCCUCAAUUUACCCCCAACAUCAACAACAUUCGAAAAAUAUUGCCACCAGGAUUCAACCUGCCUCCUGGAUUCAGCUCCAUUCCCCAAGCUCCACCACCGCCACCACCGGUCCAUCCAAGACCAACUCAACCACUGGUUAUCAAUCAACCUCCCGUCGAGCAGCCUGAAUCUACAACCAGACAAACCAAAACCUACCCGGACAGGCCGGUGGUAUCCGGUACAGAAACACCAGUACUGGCCACAACGAACAGUACCAUCACCAAACUCACUCCGUUGUCUACGACUAGCUCGGCAACUCCCGUGUCUACUCCAGCAACCACUUCAGCCGAAACGACCCCGGUCCGUACGAAACCGGGCACCGCUGGAGAACCACAUCCGCUGGCCUCGUUCGUGCCGAUCAUCGUUUCGGUGGCAGCCAUCUUCCUGACUGCUGGUCUCAUCGCGGUAUGCGUCUUCCGGAAGUAUUUGUGCGCCAUCAGCAAGACGCUCAAGAAGAAGAAGAAAAUCGAUAAAGCCAAAAACUCAAACCAAAGCAAUCUCAGUAGCAAUAUGGCCUCGAGCACAACGGCCGAAGACAGCCGGAACUCGAUCGGCAUGAACCACUGGAGCGGACCGAUGGCGUUCAGCAACCGGUACACGUCCCCAUGGGAUCGGGACCAAAAUCCGCACAUGCAGGUGACAUCGCAACUAUCGACGGCCAGUUCAAACAACUCGGGAAUGAACGGCGGACCGAAAGAUCGGUGGGAGUUCCCCCGGCAUCGGCUCAAAGUGUUCAACAUUCUCGGAGAAGGCGCCUUCGGGCAGGUUUGGCGCUGCGAAGCAACCGACAUUGAUGGUAAGGAUGGCGUCUCGAUAACGGCCGUCAAGACGCUGAAGGAGAACGCCAGCGAUGCCGAACGAAACGAUCUGCUGUCGGAGCUUCAGGUGCUGAAGUCUCUCGAGCCGCAUAUCAACGUGGUCCGGCUGCUCGGAUGUUGCACCGAGAAGGACCCCAUCUUCGUGAUACUCGAAUACGUCAACAUGGGCAAACUGCAGACGUUCCUGAGGAACUCCCGGGUGGAAAAACACUACGGAAACACUCAUGGAAAGUCGAAAAUUCUAACGUCAGGAGAUCUGACAUCCUUCAUGUAUCAAGUCGCUAGAGGAAUGGACUUCCUAACUUCACGAGGGAUCAUCCAUCGAGACUUGGCCGCGCGGAACAUUCUCAUCACGGAUGAUCACACCUGCAAGGUGGCUGACUUCGGUUUUGCCCGUGACAUCAUCACCUCCAAGGUGUACGAACGGAAGAGCGAAGGCCGCCUACCCAUUCGAUGGAUGGCAACCGAGUCCCUGUACGACAACAUCUUCACCGUCAAAUCGGACAUCUGGAGCUUCGGUAUCCUGAUGUGGGAGAUUGUAACACUGGGAUCGACGCCCUACCCGGGCAUAGCAGCUGCCGACGUGAUGCGGAAGGUACGCGAUGGCUACCGGCUGGAGAAGCCGGAACACUGCCGGCGUGAGCUGUACAACAUUAUGUUCUACUGCUGGGCCAAGGACCCGAACGAGAGACCUGAUUUCCCCGAGGUGGUGUCCAUGCUCGACCGACUGCUCCAGACGGAGACCGAUUACAUCGAGCUGGAACGGUUCCCCGAUCAUAACUACUAUAAUAUGCUCAACAUGAGCGGGGAAAAGCUGUAAAGUGCCGCGAAGCGCGUCUGAUUGUAAAUAGGCUUAAAAUUGUGAUAAGUUGUCUUGUCUUAAUGCCAAGUAUUUAUGAAACCCCUAGCUAUGGCACAUGCUGUAAAUGUAAUGUUCUCGAACAACU